CUUAACUGCUGACAGUCUAAAGAGUGAUUAUUCAGUAUUUUGUUUUUCAUGCCGAUGUGUCGGAAAUUACUCCUAGUAUUUAGACAUGUCAAUCAGCCAAGCUGACGCUGAUGAAGAAUGUCUAGUUUUUCCUGCAAUAACUAAAAAUUAUUCAGAAGUAAAAAAUACGGAUGGAUUAUCAGUGGAAUUAAACAAUACACCACCCAACCCAAACUCUUUUUCUCGACCUCUACGUUCCACUUUAAAAACAAAAUCGAAGUUCGAAUCCGAAAAAAUCAGACAAACUGGUUAUAAUAGCUCAGAACGAAAUAAUAAACUAUACGCAGUAACUACUAGAGGACAAAAAAAUCCUGACAGCUCAAUCCAUAUGAUUUAUAAAUUCGACUCUAUGGAGAAAAACAGUGCUAUGAAAAAUCAAUUCCCAACCCUUAAAAAUGACAUGGAAGUAUGUGAUUCGGAUCAAACCACUCCAUGUGGAUCUAAAGAGCAUUUAAAGAGGCCUUCUAUACAACAGUUAAGAAAGUACUCGGUCGUGGAUCCGAAUACUCUUAAGUUUAUAGAAGAUCCAUCAAGAAAAUCAGGAGAUUAUGGAAUAUGCAGUGCCAUUUUAAUUACAAUUUCAUACUUAUUCAUACUUAUUACAUUUCCUUUCUCGUUAUUUUUCUGUAUUAAAGUUGUAGCUGAAUAUGAAAGAGCAGUUAUAUUUCGAUUAGGACGAAUUCUGCCUAAAGGUGCUCGUGGACCAGGACUUUUCUUUAUUGCACCAUGUAUUGAUUCAAUUCGUAAAGUUGAUUUACGAACUGUAACAUUUGAUGUUCCGCCUCAAGAGGUUCUUACGAAAGAUUCAGUAACAGUAGCUGUAGACGCGGUAGUUUAUUAUCGUAUAUAUAAUCCUGUCGUAGCCAUAACAAAUGUUGAAGAUGCUGAUCGAUCAACACGCCUACUAGCAGCGACUACAUUAAGAAAUGUUCUAGGUACAAAGAAUUUAGCUGAGAUUUUAUCUGAACGUGAAUCGAUUUCAACAUCUAUGCAGACAAUGCUUGAUGAUGCAACUGAUCCAUGGGGCGUGAAAGUAGAACGUGUUGAAGUAAAAGAUGUACGUUUACCUGUACAACUUCAAAGAGCUAUGGCCGCUGAAGCUGAGGCUACAAGAGAAGCACGUGCUAAGGUGAUUGCUGCAGAAGGUGAAGAAAAAUCAUCUGUUGCAUUAAAACAAGCUGCUGAUGUAAUUAAAACAUCACCAUUUGCAUUACAAUUACGUUAUUUACAAACAUUAAGUGCCAUUUCAGCUGAAAAAAAUUCUACAAUUAUAUUUCCACUUCCAAUUGAUAUGUUAGUUAAUUUAUUUCAUCGAUAAAAUUACAUCAUCAAAUCAAUAAAUCAAUAAAUCGAUAAAUCAAUAAAAUAAACAUCCA